GGCGCACCAGGAUGAAUAGAACUACGUGAACGCCACGACGUUCGACUUGUUCCGCUUCUCACGCAUGCGCGAACAGGAGGAGGGCCAGCGGAGCAAGCGUCACUACGUGAGUACGUCUGCGAAGUAUAUAUGGUUUGGCCACGACAGGCAUGCGUGGUACGUCGUUUGGCCGAAAAUAAGUAUGAGACGAUGAGUUCCGACGUCGCGGGGUUGGUCGAUAGCGCAGGACGGUCCUUCGCUGCAAACGAGUUGAAGAUCAUGCUCGCGUGCAUUGUCACGGUCGUCCCAUAUGAUGUCAAGUUCCGGGAGGAGGGUAGGCGGCCGGAAUGGCUUGCAACUUCCUGCUAUCCAUGCAGAACCGCAGAGGUGCCAGUGUUCCAAAGGAGACGAGACGUAUCAGCGAGCUGAGUUGUGAUGCUGACUCGAUUGUUGCGAGUGUACACUGUAGAGAUGUGUUAAAAACUAGACUCAAGUAGAGAUAGUCUCUUGAGCUAACCAAGUUGAAGGUCCAAGCUGUUGUCGCUGUAGGCAGACCCAUUUGGCAGACCGGAU